AUGCAUCUGCGCCUCCAAGAUUUCAAGAGUGUAAGUGCAUACAAUUCAGCACUUUUUCAAAUUGUCUCUCGUUUGAAACUAUGCGGUGAAACAGUUACUGAUGUUGAUCUUUUGGAGAAGACUUACUUCACCUUUCAUGCUUCAAACAUUUUGCUUCAACAACAAUAUCGUGAAAGGCAGUUUAAGAACUAUUCUGAGCUUAUCUCUUGCCUUCUAGUAGCUGAGCAGAAUAAUGAGUUGCUACUCAAGAACCAUCAAAGUCACCCAGCAGGUUCAACAAUUGCUCCUGAGAUGAACGCUACAGAAAGCCGUGGAAAUGCCCCUGAAAGCCGUUGUAAAGAACAAGGACGUUCAUUAGAUCCUAAAAAGACCAAUUUUAAGAAGAAGGCUGGUAAUAAUUCUCAUUAUCAUAAGGGGAAGAAGAACGUGUUUCCAAAACACAAAGGCAAACGCUCGCAAAGUCAUUCAAAGCACCAUGAAAGUGUUUGUCACCGUUGUGGUUCACCAGGGCACUGGGCAAAUGUUUGUCGUACUCCAAAGCACCUUGUUGAUCUUUAUCAGGCGUCUAUUAAGGGAAAGGAAAAGAAGGUUGAAACCAAUUUUUCCCAAUAUGACAUACCAAUGGAUAUUGCCCAUCUUGAUAUUUCUGACUUCAAGAAUGAUGGAAAUGAGAUUGAAGACAUGGAUUCCAUUUUCAAUGAUAUCUGA